AACAAACAUGGCUGUGAAUGUUAAAAUUCGUGAAAUUGUCUUUUAGAUUGUCUAUUAAUUAUGUGAACAGAUAAUCAUCCUGAAAUGUUCGUAUUAGUGUCCCAAAACUUUGUUGUAGAUGAAGUCAAGUUUUUUUUUAGGUAAUAUAGUGGAAUUUUGAAAUUAUGGCUGACGAUCCAAAUCGAGACAUUUUGCCUGUGAGAGAAGGUUCUUGUGUGGAUUCUUGUCGCAGUAGUAUAGAUCCCAGAGAGCGACACAUUGUAUUUAAGCUCGAUCGUUACCAACUGGAAGACAGAUAUUUACGACUGCUCGAUGAAGCAAAUAACUUAAAAAAAUUAACAAACUGUCAGGAAGAUAAGAUCAAACGAUUGACAACAAAGCUGAUGAGAGUAACUGGCAAUUCAAGAUCAUGCACAAUUGCCUUAGACGUUUAUGAGGAUAAGAAUAAAAUAAUCACUCUUGAACUUGAGAACUCCAAGCUGAAAGAUAAAGUCUCGGUGCUAAGAAAUCAAUUGCUGAGUCAUACAAUAACAGGUAGAUCGUCAUCAAGAAGUCGUAAUCCCCAAGCGAGGCCUUCGUCUGGACGCACAACAUGCCGAAGUGAAAGCAGCCGCACUAAGAUACCAUCUUGUCACUGUAUUGACGACGACAAUGCGCGAUGUAAUCUCAAUAAAAUCGAGGAAUUGGAAGCGCAGAAGAAAGAAAUGUCUAAUCGGAUAACUGAACUAGAGGAAGAAUUGUCUACUUGUACAGUCAUGAACCAAAGGGAAAAAGUAGCAGAGAAUGUUGAGUACAUAAGGGUCUGGCGACAAAUGAAGCAACUGAAUGAUAAGCUAAUAGCCACUGAGAACGAGAACGAGUCGUUGAAUGCGCAAAUCAAAGAUUUGAAGAGGGAGCUUUAUGAGAAGACGAAGAACAACGAAACGAUUACGACGGAGCUCCUGACAGAGAAGAAACGAGUGGCGGAGAUCGACGAACAGAUGUUAAAGGCAAAGGACUCUCAACUCUCGCUGCGAGAGAAGGAUGAGCAUAUAAAGGACCUAGUAAACGAGAUGAAGAUAUUGCAGCAGCACAACAGCGAGCUCAUCGACCUCAGCUCCAAAUAUGGCGAAGUCGAGCUUGAGAACAAGGAGUUAAAGAAAAAAGUGACGGAGCAGCUUCACGAUCAAGAAACUUUGAAAACCGCUUUUAACACCGAACAGGCUAAUAUCGUGGCGCUGAAAACAUCGAACGAACAGUUACUCGGGAAACUCGAAGAACUACAGAAGAAUAUAGACAGUUUAACGGUACAGUUAACGUGUUUUCAGACGCAGACGGAAAAACAGGAAACGACAAAAACUACGCCAAUAUCGACGAAACAACCCGAGACGAAGAUACCAAUGAUAAUCGACAGAUGCGAAUCGCGCAAAGAUGCCAGCAUUCAAGUGGAAAAAUGCAAUAUUCUUCGCAAUAUUCAAGUGGAAUAUUGCGAAGCGCUCGAAAAGAUUUUUGAGUUGGAUAUCGCUAGGAAAGAGAAGAAAUGCAAAGGAUGUUGCGAACUAUCAUCACAUGUAGACACUACGAAUGCAAUCCAAAAAUCUGUUAAAUUGAUGGAUAGAUCGGUGCAGACAGAACAUGAAUCCGGCGUAACCACCGUAGGCACGAAAGAUCUGCAGAUUAUAACACCUAUAAAAGAAACAUCGAAAAUGGAAGAACCACAAAUUGCAACGCAAAGUACAGAUGCUGCAAUAGUUACAGAGAAGUAUUUGACUCCAGAUAAAAUGCUGAAACUUCUGGAACAAGCACAGAUAAGCACAUCUACGGAUGCAGCGAAAUUUAAUCAGAAACACAUGGCUACCGAUGCCGACUACAGUGACGUGAUGGAUCAGAAUCAGAGACACAGGCAAGUUGUCUCGCUUGAGAAACUGCUCUUCGGUGACUCUAAUUGUUGUGACAUAGGGACACUUGUACAAGGAAUUCAAGAAGCCGCAGCUUUUCAAGUCGGUCUCCAGCAGCAAAAAAAAGACAAUGCUUCUCAGUCAACGGAUCCUAAUACAGUAUUAUCCGUAUUGUUUAAUAUUCUUCAAGAGUAUACAUACAUGAUACCUCAUGAAGCCAACACUCUGUAUCGUGCAAUUCCACCGAUUAAGUAUCAAUUCGUGAAAGACAUCAACAACAAUAAUACGACAUUAAGCAGUGUUGCAAAGAGUUCGAUUCGAUCUGGUUGUAGCACAAGAAAAUAUUGCUCGAAUCCUUACAGUAAACAAGAGAAGCCGAAGAGAAAAUUAUUGCCCAAUGUGCAGAGUUGUAGUCGGCCAGUUAAAGUCUCUGAUGACAAUGAUUGUACUUGUAGCAGCUUACUGAGGUGCAAUCUAGAUACACAAUGUGACCGAUGUUGCUGUAAUUCCACUAAACCGCUUACGUGCCACUUCAACAAUACGCAAAUGCAAUGUAAAGGACAGGCAAUAAAGAACAAGAACGACUUGAUCGACUCGAAGGCACCUUUACACAACGAUUGUCUCGCAUCUACAAGAAACUGCUAUAUACCAAGAACUUCAGGCGCAUUGAACAUUUCUCGUCAGUUGCAGGACGACAAAUCUGGACCGUACAAAUCCCCGGAAACGCGUGAGACUGUGCAGAACAGAAAUACCUCUUCCGCCAACAAUAAAUCGUUACAGGAAUACAUCAAAUACCUAGAUAGGUAUAAAACUCGUACUACGAACAUUUAGGUGAAUGAAAUCGUGAAGCACGUGCAAGAUAUUGACUCGAUACGAUACCAACCUAUACAUAGAAGACCUAAAUCUGAGGUCCAGAAAGUAGACUCUUCCUGCAGUGCCGAUUGUCCAAACGAGUGUGUCGAUACUACGAGUGCCUUUUCUGAUUCAUUUCCGUUAGUAAUCGCGGAUGGUCAGGGUCUGGUGGAGCUUCAUAUCGUAUCCUUACAGCUUUCCACGUCCGCUAAGCAGAUCCUUUUCCGAGAAAAGGACAUUAGCAACGUGUUGUUGUUCGUGAGUUGGAACAUUUGGAAUCAAGAUACAACCUACACGCCCACGCUCAAAUGUCCCAAGCUGAACUUCAAUUCGUCGUUCGUCUAUCGAAUAUCGGACCUAUUCUCCUUCUUCAACUACAUUCUUCUAGAACUCGUGACCUUCCAAGUGAACGUGUUUCACGACAACGACAACUACAUGGUAGCCAAAGGGAAGCUUUGCAUCAAAGAUAUAUUGGACUAUCCACAAAACAAACUUCACUAUAUCACACCCGUGAACAGUGUACUCCCUUGCUCGAUUGGAAUGAAUUUUGGUCAAUUGUCUCUAUGGGUGAGACUAAGCUGUGACAUCGAGCAAGUAGAAGCGUUCAAAAGAAGAUACGGUAUAAUAUCAGAACCACCGCUGAAAACGCUCAUUCCAGAGAAACCGCCGGAAACGCUGAUUCCAGAGAAACCGCUGAAAUCGGAGGAAGUUGUUCCACCAAAAGACGAUCCGUUGGUGUUGAAGGAUGAAAAUUCCAAAAUAGAGUAUAAAGAUCCGGGAAAAUUGCCUGCUGUAACAACGAUAAGCAUAAUCGAGCCUACUUAUAUUGACGAAUCAAGUACAGAACGAGGAAAUAAUUGCGCUCGAAAAAACCACAGAGAACGAGAUUGUAGAGAAGUAUUGCAUCUUUUAAAUAAAACAUUAGAUAGAUUUAAAGACAUGAUUUUGAAUAGACCGAAGCCUAUGAAAACUACAGAGAAGUCAAACGAAGAAUCUGAAAUGGGGAGACCAAGCGUGGUGGAAUUUAAUGCUUUCCUCUCAAACAAUAAAACCGAUGCGCCAGAGCGGACAAAAUCAGCCGAUUCGAUCUCCGAGGUGACCAACGUGAUCGCAGAUAAAAACUGGCAAGAAUAUAAAGAACGCACUUCGUUCACUUUCAAGGGCAUGUAUAACAAUUUAUACUCGCUUACGGAAGACUUGUCAUCUGAUUAUAUUGUUGAUGAUAAAGACAACGACCUUGGAAAGGACUCAAUUAUCAUUGAAAUCAUGAAUUUGGUUUUAUUCCCCAAAAGCACCGUAAUGCAGAAUCCAGAGUAUCAGCUCCUUUACAUCGAAUAUUGUUUCCUGGGUUAUUGUGGAGCUGACAUGGAAACGGUUUCAGUGAAGAAACCGCAACCACCAAACCAGAAGUUAACAUAUAAUUUUAGAAGAAAGUUUCGAGUACAUGAAGACAAGUACCCGUUGCAAAAUAGGAUCUUAUGCGCGAUGCUGGAUCAGUCUAUUAACUCUAACAUAAAGUUUAUUGUCGUAUGUGAACCGCUUCCUGAGGAAACGGAUACGAAAGAGUGUGUGGAAGUUGGGUUCGCUAAUUUUAAUAUAAGGGACUACGCGCUAGGAAGUGGUGAACGGAUCAUGUCAAUCCCGGUGUAUACUCCAGACACUACGGAACAAAUUGGUCUGCUGAAGAUCUACGUGUUAGGCUUCGAUACGAUACAUCAAUAUUUCGGAAGACGCGAAUCGAUAUUAUAAAAAUAUUUGUUACAUUUUUUGAAAACGUGUAAAACUAUGGUCAUUGUAAAAUUAAAAAUUUAUAAACGUCCAACCAAGAAACCAGGGAACUUGUAAAUCUACAAUACCGUGAUAAAAAA